GAGAGAGAGCCGAGGGCAACAUUGUGGAAGGUGUAGAGAGAGAAGGCCUUUAAGAAUUCAUUCUGGCUUUAAUGUGAGCAAAGCAAAUGAAUGACAUAGGGAUACAGGGAGGUAAGCCGAAGAAUAAGGACACUCGAGAGUGGAACAUUUCGGACCGGAGAGCUGUCAGGAUAAAAGAAAUGCGGUGAAUAAGAGACAGCGCAGCUGCAGCGUGCCCUUGAAAUUCUAAAGUGCUACAUUAGGUCAAAAAAUGUCUUAUUCAUGUAAAAGCUCCAGCUGCUCAGACAUGUUAAAAGCAGCUUGAGUCAGAGAGGUGCAAAUUUGAUGGCGUUAAAUUCUAUGAAUUUGUUUUCUGGGGAGGUAUCGUACCAAGGUGAUUGGCGCAGAAAAAUAUUUGCUUUCAAAAGUGGCGUUAAUCGUAUCCACUGCAUCGUCUCUUGUCUUUUGUCUCAGCCCGGAUCAUUCAGAGGGAAAUGAGCCUGGCAGUGAUCCUUGAGGUGUCCGGGUAUGAUUGACGGAUCCAAUGCCUCAUGGGACAAGUAUGUGGUUAGGGCACAUCUGAUCUCUGGACGGCGCUGAAACACUGAGCCUCCUCCUCUGACGGACAGGACAAAUGGCGUGCUCGCUCUGAACGGCUGUCACGUCUUUCAGUGGAAGAGGUUUAACUCGUCUUUCUCUUUCACUCAAACUUACACACAUUGGGCCUACAAAUGUGUGCUAGAUAUGGCACACAAGUGCUAAUAAACCAAAAGUCCCGGCAUUCAUUUAUUAACCUGCUCAAGCUCUGCAGGCUGGAUCUAUUUUUGCAUCCCCAUAUGUUUUCCUCUGUGUACACUCCUUUGGCUUUGAGGCCUUAACAGCCCUGUCAGGCGAAUGGGACCAGCCUGAACAUCUGAGUUCCUGUCAUACACGGCACAGGUUGCCCUUAUUCAGGUGUGUUUACCUUGCUGGGUUAAAGAUAUGAAGGGGGAGCUGUUCUUAAUAAUCCAAUCGACGUGUAGAGCGAAUGCCCUUUGGCUGGGGAGCAUAAACUCUGCAUCACUUCGCUGCUGUCACGAUCCAUUUUCUGCGGCGUUUGUGCUUAUUAAGAGUGUAAAUUCCUCCUGGGGCCAAAUACACAUUCAGGAAGCGAGUGCGUAGGCUACGAAAGGCACGGCGCCGCCCUUUGUUAGCGCUCCGCCAUCAGGUGGCGUGAAAGCUCCACUGACUCACCUGGCGUAUUACCUGAGGCCCGGUGCGCACUUUGCAUUCCCCCCUCCCCCCUCAUCCCGUUUUGUACACCAGGUGGGAAAAGAGGAAAAUCAGGAGUGGGCGUGUCACUAAAGGGAGAGUGGGAGAGAAAGAGAGGCACACUAAGAGGAAUGAAAGGAGCAGGAAAUGUCGCUCUGCGGCUACCAAGGUACGACUUCCUGGUAACCCGUCUGGGUGGAGCCCCGGCAGGCAGGCAGGGCUGGGAGCGGCCCGGCUGUGGCGCUGCAUUGUGUGCGUUGGUUUGAAUGGUGUGUGCGCACACUGCACUGGCCUGUACGGAUACAUGUGUGUGUUUUUUGUUCACCUGCUAUGAGAGCUCACACCGCAGUUGACAGUGGAGCCGAGUGGAGCCUGUGCCGAGGAGGACAUGAGGUCUGAGAAGGAGGAGGGGAAGGCCGUGUUGUUGCGUGAGGAGGUGGUGCAGCUUCAAGAGGAGGUCCACCUGCUGAGGCAAAUGAAGGACAUGUUGAGUAAGGACCUGGAGGAGACCCAGGGAGGCUGCUCUGCCAAUCUGCUCUCGGCCACGGAGCUCCGGGUGCAGCUGGGUGACAAGGAGCAGGAGCUGGACCGAGCCAAGGAGGCCUUACAAGCCAUGAAAGCUGAUCGUAAGCGUCUAAAAGUGGAGAAGGCGGACUUGGUGAGUCAGAUGCAGCAGCUGUACGCAACACUGGAGAGCAGAGACGACCAGCUGCGAGAAUUCAUACGCAACUACGACCAGCACCGGAAGGAGAGUGAGGAUGCAGUAAAAGCCCUGGCGAAGGAGAAGGACAUGCUCGAGAGGGAGAAGUGGGACCUGAGGAGACAGACCAAAGAAGCAACAGAGCAGGCCAACAUCCUGCGUUCUCAGAUGGACAUGAAGGAGAACCGGGUCAAAGAGCUGGAGGCCGAGCUCACCAUGGCAAAACAGUCCCUGGCCACCUUGACAAAAGACGUACCGAAGCGGCACUCGUUGGCCGUGCCCCCGGAGCCCGUGGUGAACGGCAGUCAGGAGUGGGUGAUGCAGGCCGAUCUGCCGCUCACCGCGGCCAUCCGCCAGAGCCAGCAGACCCUCUACCACGGACACGCCGCGGACAGACAGGCCGUGGUCAGGAUCAGCCCCUGCCACUCUCGGCAGCCGUCUGUCAUCUCUGACGCCUCCGCAGCCGACGGAGACCGCUCCUCUACGCCCAGCGACAUCAACUCCCCUCGUCACCGGACCCACUCCCUGUGCAACUCCAUGGAGGACCUGGAGGAUCAGAAGCGUAAGAAGAAGAAGGAGAAGAUGACUCUGGGAUCCCUUUCACGGGUGUUCGCUCGAGGCAAGCAACGCAAGUCACUGGACCCCGGCCUGUUUGAUGACUCUGAACGCCUCACGCAGCAGAGCCCGUCUGACGGCGAAGAGCAGCUGGACCGCCUCCAGCAGGCGGAGCUCACUCGAAACACAUGCAUGUCGCUGUGGAGGGCCGGUGCAGUGCGGGCCUGGCUGGAGGUGGUCAUGGGAAUGCCCAUGUAUAUUAGCGCCUGCUCCGAAAACGUCAAAAGUGGCAAGGUCCUGCUGGGCCUGACGGAUGAGGAUUUGGAGCUGGGUCUGGGCAUCAGUAACCCCAUGCAUCACAGGAAACUGAGACUGGCCAUUGAGGAUUACAGGAGAGCCGAAGGGGACCAGGGACUCUCGAAAGUGUCCGACAUGGACCAUCACUGGGUUGCCACGUCGUGGCUGAGUGACGUGGGGUUGCCUCAGUACUCGCAGACCUUCCAGGCUCAUCUGGUGGACGGCCGUGUGCUGAACUCCCUGAGCCGCCGGGACCUGGAGAGAUUUCUCAACAUCAGCGACCAGUUCCACCAGACCAGUCUGCUUCUGGCAAUACAGCUCUUGCAGAUACUCAGUUUUGAUAAAGAGGCCCUGCAGGCACGGCGGACAAAAUGUGAGCACCAAGACCAAGACCCCAUUGUUUGGACAUGUCACAGAGUAAUGAAGUGGAUCACAGACAUAGACCUCAAGGAGUUUGCAGACAACCUUCAGGGCAAAGGGAUUCAUGGAGCUGUGAUGUCUCUGGACCCUUCCUUUGACACUGACACCUUGGCCAAAGCCCUGGGGAUCCCCAGCAGCAAACACAUGCUGCAUCGCCACCUAUACGAAGAGAUGAAAUCACUGGCAGUCCAUCACAGCAGUGCAGAGCAAGGCAGUGAAGUCAUCUGUUCCACUUCGCCUGUUUCUGUUUGCCGCUUUGCAGAGAAGAGGGCGUCGAUGAGAAGAUCCGGCAAGAGUCCGCUGAGGUUACGUGCCAACAGCCACUCGGCGGAGCGAGGUCUGGGUUUCCAUGGCAGCUGCAACUUCCUGCCCAGAGAGGCGCGAGUCCAGGCCGUCCCCCGGGCCAACGGAAGCCCGAUGCACACUUACAAGAGUGUGGAAAUCACCAACGUCUGAACCGGCCGCCGCCAUCCAGAUCGUUGAUGUUGUUGCUAUUGUUUACAUUGUUGUUGUGUUAUAGUUGUAAGUUAAUGGGAAGGUGAUUUUAUGCACAAAGACCAUUUUGUUUUAUUCCGACAAAACGCCCAAAUGGGUUUUAUAUUGAGUUUAUAAAAGGCUGAAGAAUAACGUACUUCAUAACUGAAUGCAGUGCUGUUCUCCUCUGAGGCCUUAUAUGAAAUAGGUCUGACAGCACCUACAGUAAAUUAAUGAUUAUGCUCGUUAGAAUAAAAAGUCAUUAUAUCAAGCUUCUACUGUAGCGAUCCGAAGUGAGAUGUUGUCAUUACAACAUUAAAAAAGACAUAUGUAUUCUGGACACAAGGGGGGGAUGAAGAGAGUCACACUUCUAUGAUCCUGGCACCCAUGACAUGAAUUCUGUCAUUUUGAAAACUGGUGCAAUUCCAUCAUCUCAUCAGUGUUACAUAAUAUAUUAAUAUAAUUUAAAACAGUUUUUGUUUCAAUUGAAGCGUUGAGAUAUUGUUUUCAGCAAAACUCAUCUUGGUUCUAUGUAUACGAAACAUACAGUGAAUGUUGGAUUUUGUGCUGAUGUGUAAAUAUUCAAUCCAAUUAUCUGCACAUGUUUAUAUUGUAUUAGUGAACAUUAGACUAACAUAAACAUAAUGCGGUUUCUUUCUUUUUUUCUUUCUUUUUUUAGCUCAGUUGACAAUGUAAUGGGAUUUUUGUACAGUUUAAUGAUCCUGUUUCAUAACACUUUUGAAUUUGUUGCUGAGCAUCAAAACCCACAAUUGAACUGUGCAGCCAGACACCCGAGGUCAAUCCAAAUAGAAAACAGGAUUGACUCACUAUUGGGCGUCUCCUUCACUCCCAAAGAGCAAAUUUGUUUGAGUGGGAAGAUUAGACUAAAGUUGAAAGGUAUGGAAACAGAAGGAAAACACUUUCAUGAUUCAUGAUUUUAACACCAGUGUUUGUAUAAAUGUUGUACGCCAACAUUAAAGGUCAAAUUAUUGUCAACGCAUA